UAGAUGCCCAUGUCCCCAAGAGCAGAGCCAAUGAGGAACACCAAAACAACCAGCAAGUAGAUCGGGCUGCAAAGAUAGGGGUAUCAAAGAUAGACUUGGAUUGGCAACACAAAGGGGAAUUGUUCUUGGCACGAUGGGCCCAUGAUGCCUCAGGCCAUCAGGGUAGAGAUGCCACUUUUAAGUGGGCACGAGAUCGAGGGGUGGAUCUAACCAUGGACAGUAUAUCUCAGGUAAUCCACGACUGUGAGACAUGUGCUACCAUCAAACAGGCCAAGCGGGUAAAGCCCCUGUGGUAUGGUGGGCGGUGGUCCAAGUACAAGUAUGGGGAGGCCUGGCAGAUUGACUACAUCACACUGCCCCAGACACGCCACGGCAAGCGUUAUGUGCUCACAAUGGUAGAAGCCACCACGGGAUGGUUGGAAACCUAUCCUGUGCCUCAUGCUACGGCCCGUAACACCAUCCUAGGCCUUGAAAAGCAAAUUCUUUGGAGGCAUGGUACCCCUGAGAGGAUUGAGUCCGACAAUGGAACUCAUUUCAAGAACAGCCUUAUCAACACUUGGGCUAGGGAACAUGGUAUUGAGUGGGUGUACCAUAUUCCCUACCAUGCACCAGCUGCAGGAAAAGUAGAGAGGGACCAGGUUGUACAUGGUGGGUAAUGCAGAGAGAUGGAAGAACACGAUGUGUACCUCAGGGAGAUCUGAUUGUUGGGUGAGAACUAUGUAUAAAUAUCACUGUUUGCUGAAUACUGCUGCCAUUGUCUGUGUAUAGUUGUAUAUUAGAUGUAUAAUGUAUCUAUUUAUAGGGUUUGAAUAUAUAUAUUAGUUUUAGUAGUAAGCUGACGAUAUGGGGAUAAGGGGUGGAAUGUCCUAGGGUGGCUGUAUGAUGCCUUUAUCCCCAAUCGUCUGCCCUGUUUAUGUUGAAGUCUUGUUCCAAGAGUGAAAGGAGGAGGGAAGAAGCUCAGGGUUUGUUUUCAAAAACUCACUCCCUCCUCCACAUUCCUGCUCCGGGACGGUGUUAUCUGCGGACGGACGGACAGCGAGACAGAGCUCUCCUUUGCUUUUUUUCCUAGUUAGUUUUAGCUAGCUGAGGCAGAGAAUUUCCCUGGACUGUGGUUUUUUUCCCUUUCUCUGGACCUGCUCUGGACUGAACACCAGAAGAGCAUCAGCAGCUCACAUCUGUGGCCCAGCGGGCCGGGCCUGGGCCGCGGCAUUGCCAGCGCUGGAAGGACUGGUCAGAGACUGAGUGAGCUGAGCUGCAGCCCGGGGGAUUUGCUCUGAAUUUGUCUCUCUUGGAGUGGCAAGAAGUCCUAUUGUUUAAUAUUGUCUAAGUUCUCUUGUGUAAUAAACAGGUUUUUUCCA